CGUGCUUGCUGACUGCAACUCCUAAACCCCUCAUUUCUAAAACCCUAGUUAUUUCUCCUAAAUCCCUCAUUUCUAAAACCCUAGUAAUCUAUCUGUCUCUUGUCAGCGAUGGCGUUGUCUGGACUGCGUCUUCGUCGAUCUCUAACCCUCUCUUCUUCUCUCGUCCGUCAUCAUCGUCUCUUCUCAGCAAUAUCAUCCUCUUCAUCUUCUGCUUUACCUCAUUGCAUUUUAUCACCAUCCAUUGCGAAUUCUGCUCGAAGCCCUAGCGUUCAACUACCCAUUAAUCAUCUCGCGAACCAAGCUUUAUCCUUCCACUCUUCUUCUGUAUUGUCUUUGUCGGCGAGAUCACGCAACAACAACGACGAUGAGAAGAUAUCCCCUGACACGAUCCUGUUCGAGGGUUGCGACUAUAAUCACUGGCUCAUCACCAUGGACUUCCCCAAAGAUCCCAAGCCCACUCCAGAGGAGAUGGUUGAGACUUACGUUCAAACCCUAGCAAAAGUCUUCGGCAGUGUGGAAGAGGCAAAAAAGAGAAUGUAUGCUUGUAGCACGACAACAUAUACUGGUUUUCAAGCUGUGAUGACAGAGGAUGAGUCGAACAAGUUUCAAGGUUUGCCUGGAGUUGUUUUUAUUUUGCCGGAUUCCUACAUUGAUCCAGUGAACAAGGAGUAUGGAGGGGACAAAUACAUCAAUGGAGUGAUCAUACCUAGGCCUCCCCCUGUUCAAUAUGGGAGGUCACAAGGGCGAUAUGGUGAUCGAAACAGAAACUAUGACAGGCCAAGGUAUGAUAGACAAAGAGAUCCACUGCCAGCACAAGGUAACUCACCAUAUGAUCAGCAGGGAUCUAUGCAAGGAGAUGGACGGAAUUAUGGGGCACAACAGAACUUCUCUCCACAACAAAACUAUUCGCCUCAGCCAAAUUACCCCCCACAGCAGAACUAUGCACCACAACAAAACUACCCACCUCAGCAGAACUACACACCUCAGCAGAACUACCCGCCACAACAAAACUUUGCACCCCAACAGAACUACCCACAACAGAAAAACUAUGGACCGCAGCAGAAUUACCCCCCGCAACAAAGCUAUACACCACAACAAAACUAUGGUCCAACUGGACAGGGAGAACGAAGUAAUCCCAUGCCAAUGGGCAAUAGGGAUUAUAGAGGAGACAAUAGGAACUUUGGCCCUUCACGUGGUGGAGAAUAUGGGCAAGGAGCAGGCACUGGCUAUGGGCAGGUGGGGCAAAGGGAUGCUGUUCAAGGAGAGCAGAAGAACUAUGGAGCUCAAGGACAAUUUGGGACUGAACAGGGGCAAUACUGAGACGAGAUUCUUAUGUUGAUUGAUUUCGGGAGAAGGCCUCAGAAUUAACUCAGCGAAAGUAGCAAAGCUGAUCCAUCUCUGAUACAAUAUUAGAACUGUAAAGAAACACAUGUCAAAUAGUCUCUGCUAGAUGGAUUUUCUUGGUGUC